AUGAGCAAAGGCUGGGAUGAGGAUGAGUACACUGCCUGCCAUUGGCUUGUGCGAUUCCAGAAAGAGAGGGAAGGAAACACAUUAAAGGUUUCCUGCACAGCCAUCAAGCAAUACGAGUACAUUGAAGGCGGCAUGGUCAUCUCAUGCAUCUACCAGUGGGAGACAAACUCAUGCUAUGUGACUUCUGUCAAUGUCGUUUUCCUACUUGAGCAUCUGGUAGACAAUCAAUUCGACGUAGAGACCAAGAACAGAGUACGAAGGAAUUUGGAGCACUGUCAUCUGCGAACGGUGUCGAAAAACAGGGUGAGCACAAGCGAGUUCUUUUCACUCAUCAUGAACUUGCCGGUGCCGAAGCUGCGAAACAUCGAGAAGGACUUCCUCACCCGUGGUCCUGACUCGAAAGUGUUUGAGUGGAAGGUGCUGUCUGAGACACUGCACAAGAUGGUUUUGCGAUUAGUGAGGCGUUCGUUCUUUUUGUGUCACUCGACUUUUCUGACGGGAGAUUCAUCAGAUGCUUCCUUAUAUAUCUGCACAGGCUGA